AGUUCAGCGGGCUAUUGGAAAUUACGAGUUUAAGCGAUGUUGGCUGACGGUUUCCCCCCAGGUAAAAUGGAUUGUUCAAAUGGUUGUCCCAUUUCGGAGAAGGUACGCUCUAUCGUGUACUGGCGGCAACCAAUUGUAACAGGCGUCAUACUGACUCUCUUGCUGAUUGUCGAAUUUAGUUUUAUGUGUCUUUCUGCAAUCUCCUUCAUUGCUUAUGUCGGAUUAGCCCUUCUUGUUUCCGUUAACUUAUUGCGUAUGUAUUAUCACUUUGUGGCUAAAACAGAAAAUAAUUUUGUCAGGGAAUAUCUAGAACGAGAAAUCACUGUGCCACAAGAUAAAGCGGAGAAAGUUUCUCGACGUCUCACCGAAGUUUUAAACAAAGGGUUAACACGCACUAGAGAAAUAUUCUUACUCACGGACCCCGCCGCAUCUGUGAAAUUCGCUGUACUGUUAUAUCUACUGACAUACAUUGGUGCGCAGUUCAACUUCCUAACUUUAUGCAUACUAUUCACUUUUGGCGUCUUUUGUGUGCCGAAGUUUUAUGAGCGCUACCAAGUAAGUUUUUCCCCCAGAAAUUACAUAUAUACCACGUAAUGAAAUUAUUAACUAAACUAUGCGUGUUAAUAUGUUUGUUAUGUGCCUGAUCGUACGUUGUAGCUGACUGACUGAAUAUGUUUAUUAUCUGGUGAUCGACGUAUAUCGAACAAUGUGAUGUUAAACUUUAUCUCGUGAUUUCGAGUUGUCAUUUGAUCGCUUUUAUUUCUCAACAUCUAUCAUCCCUCUUGGUUGAGCUCAUUUCAUUUAUAUAUUUGAACACAUAAACAUUAGUACAAACGGUCACCGAAUACAUAUGCGCCACACAAGUCGCUUGAUUUGUGUAUGGGCUGUGAUACUGCUCGGGUGCUAAGAUCGAAGCAGGUGGUUUUCUUCCGAAGCCUUCUACCUAAAGGUCUGAUCCACAAGGCAGUGGAGCAACAUCAGGAGAUGCAGUGGCAUAACAGCCGGUGACCAAUAAUUGGUUCAUACGCCAUUUGUUCCCUCAGAAUCCUGGAGCCCAUGUGCACCAUUGGUUUGGAAUCAGUGUUUUCCAACUCCCCUAGGUGAAUCCUCUAUAUCCAUCAACCCAGUUAAAGCGCCGGACAUUCGCUUUUUGUAAACAAUACCCCCGCCGUGAGAACGUUCGUUUACCAGGUGCAGAUCCGUAUAUUUAGUUUCGAGCCUCACUUUGUGUGGAGACCAGUGACACUACCUCGUUGCUCAGACUAAAAUAGGUGGAGCAACCUUCGAACCUGGGGCUUGUCAAUUGAAGCUCAAAUGUCGUAGCCACUUCAGUUUACAAUAUUUUAACGUUUUACCCAUAUUGCGUUAACCGUCUUUACUCUUUUGUUAGUUUUAAUUGAUUCAUCAUAUUUACGUUUCUCCUCAAGGACAUGACCUCUUGAUCAUAGUGUAUUUCUAGCACCCAUCAUUAUAAAUAUACCUAACCCAAAGGUUUUUCAUACACUGUCUAAAUAUGACUUACGUAUAUCUCUUUGUUACCUAAAUUAUGCCGAAAGUUUAUAAUGCACUCAUCUAUUAAACUUUUGGGUAUUUAGAGAUAUUCAGAAUCCUCUGUUUCAAAUGUAUCGCGACCAUUAUUCAGAGAUGUUCAUGUUUGAUUCUUUUUACUCACGGAUUUAAUAUGAUUAUGAACUUGUGCUCACAAAUGCAGGGAAUAACAGUCUAUCCGAUGAUUCCGUCUGUCCAAUGGAAAUUAUUGCUAUAAUUGUAGAUUUAGCUGAGCUUUUAUGAUAAUACAUUACUAAUUAGUUAUACUCGUUUUCAUCUGAGAGAUUUUCUAUUUACAAUAUUUCUGGUAUAAAACAGACUUAGUCUUUAAGUUGAAGUAUUAUUUCUCAAAAUAAUUUAAACAGGUUGAACUUUGAAUUCAUUUUGUGUCAGUCUUCCUGUUUAUUGAUAUAAUGGUAAUUUUCAGAACAUAGUUGCAGGUUCAAGGAUUCUUUUCACCUAGUUCAGAUUUAGACAGCUAGAUACUAUCAUUAGGAGCAUGUACACAUAAAAGCACUUAGUUCGAAGUUCAGUACAUGUACCUAGACUUAACACAUAAGUUAUGUUAACACUAUUUUGUAAUGCUGAUUGCAACAUAGUUAACCAGAUGCGUUAAUUCUUCAUCGUCUAGAUUUUAUAUUCCAGUACUUCGUUCCACCACACUUUUUCAUUCCUUCUCGAACCAUAUUAUCGCUGUUUAUUCCCUCCCAUUAUAAUUACUUCCACAUUAUAUCCAUUUCUUUUGAAUCCAUCUUGUUAGUUUCAUUUUGUUUCUUUUCUUUGUCUUCUCCCACAUUCUAAGAUUCUGCAUUUCUCAUAAACUUUGCUUGUUUGUUUAUUUCACUAGUUUAUAUUUUUUGGGAUUACAUCUCCGAUCUUUCAUGUUUUCUAUUACCACUGAUGCUGUUACUACCUCUACUAUGGGAUUUGACCUAAUAAUUCCAUCUGUCCGUGCUUAUGCGGCAUGGCCCAUUGAACCGAUGUACGUACGCGCCAGGUUCUACGUUGCAACUGACUGUCUGUCUUUCUGAUGUGAUAUGUCAAUAUGUCCCGGGCUAUAUGUUAAUUAUUACUGGAUGACUAUAAAAAAGUAAUUCUCCAUGUUUUUUGAGGUGGUAAAAACUCUCUUUUUAUUUGUGAAUUCCAGCCGGAAAUCGAUAAAAUGAUUGAGCUAGCUAAGUCAAAAGUAGAUAUGGUAUCAUCGCAGGUUAAAACGCAUCUCGAAAAGUUACCAAUUAUUGGCGGUGGUCGAAAGGAAAAAACACAAUAAGUUGCCUAUUUUCCAACUACAAUGAUCAUACCGAGUCGUUCCAAAUUCUAUGAACAACGAUAAAUUUUUUCCAAAGCUAACUUACAAUAAUUCUUUUUCUUAUAUAAAUAUGACAAAUGAAACUGUAAAGCAUGUAAGAAGUAUAAUAGUUUUGUGCUCUUCCUCUCUCUAAUUUAUAUUACGUAAAUUUUUUCUACCAAUUUUCAUACUUCAUACUUUUAUGUUUAAAUAAAACUAACUCCUUUCAAACCUCGUUAUUCAUCUCAUAAAGAGAAAAUUUAUGUUGUCAUAAAUGUUUGUCAAGAUGCUUUUUGUAGUUGGUUUCUGCUUCAAAACCCCAAGUUUAUUUGUUUGUGUAGAAGGAAGAGGAAAUUGGAUUGCAAGAACUGCUCAUUCUUUUGUUUAACUGAUCAGUAUUCACCGUCAUCAUCAUCUCUUCUUUUUUCCACUGUGUUUAGAUUACUAUUUAUUGUAAUAAAUUUCUGAUUUCUUUCUUUUUACACCAUUAAACAAAAAACUUCCUAUCAUAUUAUUUUCAAGCGUUUCUCGGGAUUUUGUUUUCGUAUAGUUAAGCAAAACUUUGUACCUAUGCUAAUAGUGUUUGCUUCUAGCUAUACACAGACAAGCAGCUUCAGUCAGUUUAGCGUACUUUCUUUGACUUGUGUCGUUACUUCUCUCCAUGGUGAACCCCAUUUGUUGUUGUUUACAGUUUUUAUUGUCUUGUUUAUCACUCCUUUUUGCUGGCUUCAUUUAUAUCUGGUUAUUCGUUAUUUUACCGUGUAUCACUCACCACUCAAAUGUGUUUUUUCCCGUUUUUUGCGAAGAGCAUUUAAUGACACAUUAGUAAUAACACACUAUCGAUGUUGCAUUGUAAUACUGACUGUUCGACUGGUUAUUGUUAAAUGCUGAGUGAAAUGUCGGUCUUUUUUGUAAGCGUUUUUUAAUUUGCAUAAUGCGUGUUCUCAUUCGAAACCCUUUACCAAAAAUAGAUAUGGUUCAUAAUUUAUUGC